UGUUGUUUUCUUUCUCUGGAUACCAAACGGUGAACGAGAAGCCAAUAAGAUUGCCAGACCGUGUGCUUGAGACACGCCUCUUACAGAAAGGCAAUUCAAGAUAAGAAUAUGAUCCUGAUCUCCUUGCCAGGUUUUGCAACAAAUAGCUUAGUGGCAAAGAAAAGGAAAAGAAGACGUGUACAUACAUCACACAGUACCUUAAUCUACAAUUUACUCUCUUCUAUAAAAUUAAUGGAAAGUUCAAGCCAAUUUUGGCAAAGAUCUCAAAUCACCACCACCAUCAACCAGACUCCAAUCACACCAUUUCUCAAGGUCUAGCUACCUUCCAUUUCUUCAAUCAUGGCAGGCACACCUGAGAAAAAUCAACCCAAUCAACGAUCUCCUUUAUCACCUUCCAAAGUUAAAGACCCACAACUCCAUGGACCACCUGCUUCACCUUCUGCCGGACCACCACCAUCUCAUGAGGACACCAAGAAGUGGGGCACCCACAUCAUGGGUCCACCGGCAAUCCCAACAAUUCAUCCUGAUAAUCAGAAGGCAGCCCUGUGGAAUGCUGGGGAUCACCAGCAACAAUACCACCACCAGCCUUACCUCGUCUACUCCCCUGUGGACAAACCCAGCAACAAUCCUUUUGAACCCGUCAUUCAUAUGUUCAACUCUUGGAGCCACAGAGCUGAGACUAUAGGCCGCAACAUCUGGCAAAACUUGAAAAUGGGGCCAUCUGUGUCGCAAGCUGCGUGGGGGAAGGUUAAUCUGACAGCCAAGGCAAUUACGGAAGGUGGAUUUGAGUCUCUUUACAAGCAGAUUUUUGCAGCUGAUCCAAACGAGAAGCUGAAGAAGACGUUUGCUUGUUAUCUUUCCACAACAACUGGCCCUGUUGCCGGAACCCUUUAUCUAUCAACCACUCGUGUGGCUUUCUGCAGUGAUCGUCCCUUAUCUUUCAUAGCUCCAUCUGGACAGGAAGCUUGGAGCUACUACAAGGUUGCGAUACCAUUAGGAAACAUUGGGACGAUCAACCCUGUGACAAUGAGAGAAAAUACUUCGGAGAAGUACACCCAGAUUGUCACAAUUGAUGGUCACGACUUCUGGUUCAUGGGAUUCGUGAAUUUUGAGAAAGCAUUGCAUCAUCUCCUAAACAGUGUGUCUGAUGUUAGAGCACACACCAAUGCCGCACAAGCAAUUACUAUCCAAUGAUUCCAUCGCUUUAGAUCAUUCAUCUUCCCUAAAGUUUAGGUACCAUGCUUGUUUUCAAAAUAUCUAGGAAUUAGUACAUAGGCGUCAGUUGUUUGCUUGUAUUUUAUGUAAUAAUACCAAAACUCUUGCACCCUGUAUUCAUGUUUCUGUAUGUUAUGGGUUUUAGCCAUUGUUGCGUGUAUGUAUGACUUUUAAUCAUGUCUGAGUUGUUUAGAUUGGAAAAUGAAGUUUUUGGCUGAGUUUGUAUGAUACACACAAUCCUGUAGAUGAAAUUUUAUUCCUCUUUUGCAAACCUAGUGAUAAACUGCAUAGUUCUUUUAUUUGAUAAGCUUUUGGUUGGUUU